GAUCAACAAAGGAGUUCUUUCAGUCUGCCGAAACCGGUUUACUGAGGAAGUCGAGACGCGUAACGACCAUGCCGACUGUUAGUGUGAGAAGGGAUUUGUUGUUCCUCGCUUUGGGCAGGGAAUACACUGAUGAGGAAUUUGAUGAACUCUGCUUUGAGUUUGGCCUGGAACUCGAUGAAAUAACCUCUGAAAAGGAUAUCAUCAGUAAAGAACAGGGCGAUGUGAAAGCAGAGGGAGCUUCAGAUGUCAUCCUGUACAAGAUCGACGUUCCUGCCAACCGGUAUGAUCUGCUGUGUCUGGAGGGGCUGGUCCGAGGGCUGCAGGUUUUCAAGGAGAGGACAGAGGCCCCAAGGUACGAGCGAGUUUAUCCAGUUGAUGGGGAACCGCAGAGACUGAUCAUCACAGAGGAGACUGCCCUGGUGCGCCCCCAUGCUGUAGCUGCUGUACUGCGCAACAUCACUUUCACUAAGGACAGGUACGAGAGCUUCAUUGAGCUGCAGGAGAAGCUACACCAGAACGUGUGCAGGAAGAGGACCCUGGUUGCCAUUGGAACUCAUGAUCUGGACACCAUUUCUGGGCCAUUUACCUUCACUGCCAAACCUCCAGCAGACAUUAAGUUCAAACCUCUGAACCAGAGCAAAGAGUAUACCGCACCUGAACUCAUGAACCUCUAUAAGACUGAUAGCCAUUUGCGCCACUUCUUGCACAUUAUAGAAGACAAACCAGUCUACCCUAUUAUUUAUGACAGUAAUGGGAUAGUUCUGUCUAUGCCACCUAUUAUUAACGGGGACCAUUCAAAGAUUUCCCUGAAUACAAAGAGUGUUUUUAUUGAGUGCACAGCUACAGAUGUUACAAAGGCUAAAAUAGUUCUUGACAUGGUGGUUACAAUGUUCAGUGAAUAUUGUGACAAGCCCUUCACUGUUGAGGCAGCAGAGGUUGUUUAUCCAGAUGGAAAGAUCUUUAUUUACCCUGAAUUGCCGUACAGGAAAGAGACGCUAACUAGUGAUUUUAUCAACAAAAAAGUAGGAUUCAAUGAGACCCCUGAAAGCAUAGCAAAGCUGUUGACUCGUAUGUACUUGAAAUCAGAGGUGAUAGGAGAAGGGGGAGACAUAGAGGUUGAAAUCCCUCCCACCAGAUCUGACAUCAUCCAUGCCUGUGACAUUGUGGAGGACGCUGCCAUGGCCUACGGUUUUAACAACCUCAGGAGGACCAUGCCCCGCACGUACACUGUAGCCAAUCAGUUUCCUCUGAACAAACUAACGGAGCUGUUAAGACAUGACCUAGCAGCUGCUGGAUUCACAGAGGCUCUGACAUUUGCCUUGUCUGCCUUCCUACAGUGCUCUCGGGAAGAUAUUGCAGACAAACUCAACAAGGACAUCUCCAGCACGAAAGCGGCACACAUAGCCAACCCCAAAACAGCAGAAUUCCAGGUGGCGCGCACAACCCUCCUCGCUGGUCUCCUCAAAACAGUGGCAGCAAAUCGAAAAAUGCCUCUUCCCCUGAAACUGUUUGAAAUCUCUGAUGUGGUGCUGAAGGACGAAACAAGAGAUGUGGGUGCGAGGAACAACAGGCGGCUCUGUGCAAUCUACUACAAUAAAAGCCCCGGGUUCGAGGUCAUCCACGGCCUGCUGGACAGGACCAUGCAGCUGUUGGAUGUGAAACCUGGCAGAGAAAAGGGAUACUGCAUUCAAGCUGUGGAGGACUCAACCUUUUUUCCGGGCCGCUGUGCUGAGGUCUUUGCCCACGGUCAGAGUAUAGGAAGGCUAGGAGUGCUUCACCCUGAUGUCAUCAACAAGUUUGAGCUGACGAUGCCCUGCUCCGCCCUGGAUAUCGACAUUGAGCCCUUUCUGUGAAGGGCGAACCCCCACCUCCUCUCCCUCGUCCUUCAUUUCCUCUCUGUGAAGAGCAUGUGCUGACAGCAUCAAUCUCUCCUUUUAAAUAUUUAAUAAACUCAAGGAAUACUGUGUCGAGUGCUGCUAUUAGAAACAUUCUCUGCAUUCCAUCCAGGACCCUUACUGAAACAUGAUAGGUUAUUGCCCCCAGUCACCACUGUAAUAAGGCACUGUAGCAUUUUAUUGUAUUAGGAAAACAUAUAACAGCUAUCAGAAGGGUUUUAAAUAUGUCUGAAGUGUGUAUUUAAUUGACGUCCACCUAAAUUUUAAUAUGCAUGUCCAGGUUGGUUUGAAUAAACAGCAGGAGUUAUUGAAAAGUAACAAUUAAAAAAAAAUUUUUUUGCCUGAA